CUCUCUCUAUUCUCUCUCUCUCUCUCUCUCUCUCUCUCUCUCUCCGACUCUACCGUCGCCGGUGGCGGCGUCGUUCUGCCGCCGCCAUUCCACCAUCACCGGCCACCAAACUGCCCUAAUUUCAAUUUGGAUCUGUUCCGGUGUCCCUCUGCCGUUGCCUUGCUGCCGUUGCCUUGCCGCCGCCUCGUCGCCACAUUUCCUUGCCGACCUCUCCCCUCGUAGCACUCAUUGCUUUGAAGAAAUGAAUACAGCUAAUCAAGUAUAGCUGGAAAGGGAAGCGCAAGUUUUGUACAUUUAGACUUUCUCGAGUAAGAAAUUAUCCUUUCCCUCACCUUUACCCGAUUUGUGUAUUUUUUAUGUCAGGGCAAGGUUCGAGCACAGGGCAAGGUUCGAGCACAGGGCAAGGUUCGAGCACAGAUUAUGAUGUAGUAGUACACGUGGACUUUAACGAUGCAGGUCUUCCAGUCGGGCGUGGGAGGAACCGAUUGGUGCGGGCCAUUGCUAGUCAAGUUACACAUUGUGACCUUUUUAGUCCUUGCAUUUCUUGGCCUAAGCACAAAAAAGACGGUCGGGUUGAGCAAUUGUGGUUACGAUUCAAGGACAAAUGGAAACUUCCUGAUCGAGAUGCUACGAAGAAAUGGUUCAAUGCUACGGCCAAUGCUCGUUGGAAAGAUCAUAGAACUAAAGUGUUGAAAAAAUUUUAUGAUAGAGCACCAGAUCUUGCCACUGCUAAGGCAAAUCGUCCGGAGGGAUUGAUUAGUUCAUCUACAUGGGAGGAAUUGUGUGAUCAAUUUUUUUCUAUAUCUGAUUCCAGUGGUGAUGGAAAGUCCAAGUCUGAUAAAUGCCGAGAAUCCCGAAUGAAAAUCCCUACCGACCACCAUUGGGGUCGAACUAGUAUUAGUGGGUGGUCUCAUGAACAUCUUCAAAAAUUUGGUAAAGCUCCUACCGUGGUUGAUAAAUAUAAAAAAGGCUAUAUGCGUAUUGACCCAUUGAUGCCAUUCGUGGAAUCCGGGUCAUCCACGGAGGAGGGUGAGAGGGCAGAACCAUAUACUGGGAUUGGAACUCCUGAACAACGUGCUAUUGCGGAAGACUUGGAAAGAGUAUACGAAGAGUGUAUUAAUGAUGGAAAAGAUCAAAGUACGGCCGACUCAAUAGCUUGUGAAAGAGUGUUGGGUAAGACAAAAGUACUUGGGAUUCAAAGCUCAACCACUAAGAAAGUUGCAAGAUCAAGAUUUUCUUCUGUUAGAAAUGAAGAGUUGGAGACUAAAGUCGAGCUCUUAGAAGGAGAAUUGCAAGAAUCGCGAGAUGAGGUGAGCUCACUUAAAGAAUCUUUGAACUCAUUACUUAAUACUUUAAGACAAAAAGGAAUUGUCGAUCAGCCCGUCUCCAAAACUCCAAUUUCGGGUACUUCAAAUGACGACGAAGAACGACUCAAUUCGGAUUAAUUUCAUUUUGUAAUGCUACAAUAUUUUUCUAAGUUUUUAUGUAAUUCUAGAUUUGUAUAUGUACUGUUGACUUGGUUUUUAAUUUUAUGUAGACUUCGACUUUAAUUUUGCUAUGUAAUUUAAUUUAGUAGUUUAA